AUGGAGGCUGGUGAAUCCAUAGAUCCGGCUGCGAGGCCAGACUCGGCGGCGGCGUCUGCCCACUCCGAGGCCUCGCAAGGCCCUCAAGGCGUGGCGCACGCUUCGCCAGACAAGCCAGCUGGUGAUCCAAACGCACUCCCGGAUCUGACCAUCAUGGACGGCAUUCCCUCGCUCGAUGCCUCGAACCUGGCCAGCUUCCUGCCUGCCGCGUCGGCGCAAGACAAGUCCCACCAAGACGGGCCUUCGCUCGAAGAGCAGAUCCAAGCCUUUACCGCAGGCAUCGCCGGCCAGCUCGGUGACGCCCACACUCAGCCGCUCGACACCCCUGUCGACACCUCGGCGCUCAACACCUCCUACAACACUCCCACCCAAGGCCAAGGCACCCCAGCCACCGCAGAGGAUAUCGCUUCCUUCGAGACCCUCAUCGCCUCGCUCAUGCCCACCCCGCAGUCGGGAUCCCCAAUAUCCGCACAGCAAGCCGAGCCUUCCACAGACGCUGCCUCGCAACCAACCGUCGCAGGUGACCACACCGCCUUUGCAACCCCAGAGCCGCAGCCGAACACCUCCCCGGACGAUGCUGCACAGUCAUUCGUCGAUACGCUCUUACGGCAAGCGAAUCUCUUUUCGGCCGAUGCAGCAGCAGCACCUCAACAGCCAUCCACAAGCAACACAACGGAGCAAGUGGCGCCACCGCCUGUCAGCCAGGAGCCACGAUCCGGCGCCGUUGCCGACGAUGCCCUCAACGCCAGCCUCGAGCAGUUCAUGGCGAGCCUACAGGCUAGGGUCACCUCCAGUCUUGCCACCGAAGCGACCAAAGAAGCUCCAAAGGACACUGAAGAGGCACCUGCCACUCCCAAACCCAAGUCGCCGCAAAAGACCCCCAAGCCAGUCAAGAAGCCCAAAAAGGUGCUCGGCAAGCGAAAGUAUCGCGAGAUCGGCCCCAUGGAGCGCCGCACCAGAGUGGAGAAGGCGCUAGCCGAGUACAUUGCCAGCAUCGACACGCUCACCAAGCCCAACACCGUCACCGGGCCCAUCCCUGCAGCAGAUCCAUCCAAGACCAAGAUGACUACCGUCCGCUGUGCUCACGCCUCGGUGGCGCAGAAGAGCUAUGGCUCCGAGAAGCGCUUCUUCAACCCACCGCCCAUCAUCAGCGUCACUGGACCCCUCCGCCGCUAUGCCGAGCACGGUGCUGCCACUCUCACCACCUCCUCCACUUCCGAAGAUGCCGACGAAGAAGAACAGUGCCGCGUCAGCCUGUUGGUGCGCGGCGACACGGACGAAUUCUUCUCCAACGAGAAUGUCGCCGUGCUCGACCAAACACUCGAGGCCAAGAUGCGCUCGCUUUAUGUCACGCCCACAGGCAGGUCCAAGGCGUUCCGCUUGCAACUCAAUCUCCUCCGUCCGUCGGGGCUGGAGCCUCAUCUCCCCAUCUUCAGCCCUCUCAAGAAAUCGCGUGCUGCCGAUCCGCUCUCUCCAGCCAUAAGUGCGGGCAGCCCCGCGUACGAUCAAGCGGACAGUGGCUCUGAGACCUUGUCGCGUUUACCCAAGGGUCUCGCUUGGGCGUCGUUCGAGUCGGCUCCCGUCACCAUCAUCUCAAAGUCGUCUAAGAAGACUGCAAAACCGCGUGGACAGAUCAACCAAGUGCAGAAUGGGUCUCUCGUCUCGUUCUUCAAUCGCAUCAAUUCGCAGACCGCGCGCACCAAGUACAUGCACACCAGCAGCGACGGUGCGCUCGUCGUGCACAAUGGCGAAUGGUCCACGUAUCGCAUCACUCUCAUCUCGCGGCCGCCGUUGGCGGAUCUAGCUGGUGCAGAGGAAGACAGUGUCACCUACGGUUCGACUAUCGUGUUGACGGAUGUCAACACUGGCGCAAGCAGCGACCCGCUGGUGGUGUGCAAGGUGGACAAGGGCCAGGUGCAACUUCCGCAGCUCGAUCCGCCGGCUGAACUCCCCACAGCUGGCUCGGGCAACAAGUCGCGUCGAGUUCCCAUCGACCGCGCCUUGCGUGACAAGCUCGCGGCUGCAAGCAAGAUGUCCUCCAGUGCCCGUUCCUCUGCGCAACCACCGUCCAAUGGUCGUCCUGCCGAACCAAAAGCUGCAGAGACCCCGGGAAGCAGCGCUCAGUCGGCCAUCAAGAUCGAGGGCGACAACUCUCAAGCUGGCCCUCCACCAGCCGCCUCGGCCACCAACGGAGACAAACAGAACGCCGACGAUUUGAAUCUGUACGGUCCCGUGGGACAGCUGCAGAAGGUGGCGCUGAUGCGAUUCGUGCCGAGCAGCGACAGCGAGACCGUCUUUGGCGAUUCCGAGCAUCUCGAGUCGAACUUUGCCACGCCGCGCAGCUAUCUGUGUGCUACGAUGCCCGAGGGUUGGAAGCAUCUGGUCACGCCGGAUCAGGUUGGCAAACGUCCGCUGGGAAUCACAUUUGCUCGCACGCACGAAGAGGGUUUCGGCCUCGACGAGUCACCGCAGAGCGUGGAGGACGUGCACAAGACGAGCGAGAGCAACUCGAUUGCCUACAUCACCCCCAGCACCGCCAGCAUUCCCAAGGAGCAUGCUUCGGGUAACAAGGAGGUGGACGAGGUGGAUGAUGCAUUUGUAUGGACCGUCAUCGGUGUGUCGCGCUUCGAGUAUUCGUACUUUGACACGAGCGCCACGCAGGCGUCCAAGGACGAAGGACCGUGUGAAGUGCCCAUGACGCCGUUCCCGCUUAUCACAUCCAUGCCGACGUACGAUCAGACCAAGCAUACUCUGCUCACCACCGUGACCAACUUCAUCGUACCUGCAGCUAUCACUUCGGAACCCAUCCCUCUCGAUGUGUGGGUAGGAAGCAUCGGCCCGCUCAAGGUGCAGCAUUCUGUCAAGCGUCCUGCAUCCACCACGCCAGCGGGCGAUCCAGAGGCCUUCAUCACCAUCACGCUACCUCCGAUUCGAGACAUGCUCAAGGUCGCUCUCAGGGGCAAACCCGCUACGGCCCAGGCAAGCGUGCCGGCCCACUUCCUGCUGCCACUCAUCUUUGUCAAUGACUCCGACGGCACAGCCUACCACUCGGGCCGACACAUUGUGUGCGAGGACCUGGUGCAGCUCAUGAAGGCAACCGGCCACGACACUACCGCCGACGUACUCAAGCAGCUCGGUUUCGGCCUCGGCGACCUCGCGGGUCCUCCCGCACAGGGCGCGUGGAGUCUGCGCAUCAUCUGA